AUGGCCUCAAUCGAUAAUACAACAGCAACCAACUCAACAUCAACAUCAACAUCAACAUAUCCACCAACAGUUCAAACAGGACCAGUUAGAGCACACGAUCAACCAUAUGCUCUCUAUGGACAUUGGGGUAUUACUUGGCUUUAUCAAUUAAGUACUGAUGAAUAUGCUUGGAAUGACUACAUCAAACGUAGUAUGGACUUCAUAGAAUAUGGUACUUUCAUAAUUACAAGUAAUCAUGAAAAAAUGGCUACAUGGGAAGACGCUCUGGCUUCACGCACAACUCUGAAAGCUACGAAGUCUAAAAGUAACAAAAAACAAAAAAAAACAUCUGAUCCAGAGUUUUGCCGUAAGAUUAUUGCCAUCGCCAAGCGAAAUCCUAUGGCGGCUAUUGCAAUAAUCGAAGAAGAGGCACCCGAAGAAUACUACAAAGAUAGUGCAGCGUAA